CCCACAAAGACAUGGACCAGAGCAAAGCUGUCCUCAUGGAGAGGCCACCCGUCUAUUCGGAGUUGCCAAUUCCCAGCAUCCCAUGUCUCGGUGGUGUUAAGAAGCUUGUCUGCGUGGUCCUUGUGGUGGUGGUCCUUGUGCUUGUCCUUGUUGGAGUCCUACUGAUGGGGCUGCACAUGAGUCAAAAACACACAGAAACGAUUUUCCAGAUGUCUCUGCAAGACGGAAGCAGCACUGGGGCCCAUGGGACAGGAGUUGCAACCUUUCACCUGGAUACAGGAAUCAAUUCCUCAGCCUCUGUUGUGUAUGAUUACAGCAAGCUUUUGAUUGGCACCCGCCCCCGCCCUGGACAUGCAUGCUACAUAACUCGUAUGGAUCCAGAACAGGUUCAAAGCCUUGAAACCAUUGCUGAAAGUGUGCUCAGCAAGAUCACCUCUGAUGCUUCAAGACAGGAUGACUCCAUGAAGCCUGUGACCGACCGCUCUCUGUUGGGCACAACCAUCAAAGUCCUGUGCGGAAGCCUGCCUGUGUAUUGGGCUUAAUGUCACACAGCUACACACUUUCAUCCUUCUGUCUUUCCACCCUACAUAACAGUGUGAAGAGGCUGUACACUCUAGAAACAAUGUAACCCUGCUAACACCUCACACCAAUGGAUGAACAAAUGGACCUUCCCUUCAUUAAAUAAGUCAUAUUUAGAGUGCAUCUUGUAACAUACAAGUUAUGAUACCCUCCCCAGUCAGUAUGUAUCUCAUAAAGCUCUGCACUGAAUGGAGUAGGGGAUGUCAUCUAUAUCCUUCUCUAUCUUAUUGUCUUCUCCAGAACUCAUCCUAAAUGUUAGAUGUGGCUUCCUCACCCCUAUUGUAGCAUGAGCUCUCACCAAACAGCAGCUCCUCCUAUUCAUGUACAUUAAUUCUGAUACUUAUUGGGAUCCAUCCUACAUUGUUUCCCUCUUUAUCAAAGCAGGUCUACAGACAUUCCCAGGUGUAAACCCACCACUCAGAACACUGACUUUCCUCCCCUUACCAACCCCUUUCUAUCCUCUAUCCCCCAUCGUUGUUUGUUGUCCCACAUUCAAACACUGUGUUUUGUGUUGGUUUUCCAAGAAUAUUGUCAAUUGCCUCUUAAUGCCCUUGGUAUAAUAUUGAAAUAGGGAAUAAGAUAAGUGUGCUUUUUCUUUACAUCUGUCAUUUCUAAUGGUAUUUUACUGGAAAAUGUUUUUUCAGAAAUUAAAAGUAUCAGCAUUUACUAAGA